CGUCCCGCACAUGACUUACAUUUCUGUUCUGGAUCACAUGGCGCAAAGCGAAUAAUACACAUUUGGGGUUUUUUCCCCCUGAAUAAUAUUGAUGUGACUGAUAAUUAUAGCGAACACGAGUCCUUCCUGGUCACAGCACGGAAGAUAGUUGAGUUGGUCUAGCGAGUACCAGUGAGUUAUUUAUUGUAAGCGGAAAAGGUUUGAACCUUUUGUGAAGGAAACGGACCUCUUUAUUCCUCUUCUUAACUUUAGCCGGGUAUCUUCCGCCGUUUUUUCCCCCUCCACCUUCUGCCCGUCGCGCUCUCCAGCGGUGAAUCGGCCCGAUGGCGGAGUUCGGUAAUGGAUUCGCGGAGGAAUCUCUGCUCGACUCAGACCCCGGUCACCCAGAGCCGGAAGAACCGGCUUCAGGUGAGGGAGAGGCCGCUAUUGAAGAUCUGGAGCUGGAGGCCAUUAAAGCCCGGGUGAGAGAGAUGGAGGAGGAAGCAGAGAAACUGAAGGAGCUCCAGAACGAAGUGGAGAAACAGAUGAACCUUAGUCCUCCUCCUGCUGGUCCUGUCAUCAUGUCCAUUGAAGAGAAGAUCGAAGCAGAUGGAAGAUCAAAUUAUGUUGGAAAUGUGGAUUACGGCGCAACAGCCGAGGAGCUCGAAGCUCAUUUUCACGGCUGUGGCCCUGUUAACAGAGUCACUAUCCUGUGUGACAAAUUCACAGGACACCCGAAAGGGUUUGCAUAUAUUGAGUUUGCAGACAAGGAAUCUGUUAGAACAGCAAUGGCACUGGAUGAGUCCUUAUUCCGAGGAAGGCAGAUAAAGGUUGGGGCUAAGAGAACGAAUCUACCCGGUAUCAGUACCACAGACCGCGGGUUUCCUCGGGCCCGCUUCCGCUCACGUGGAGGACGUUCCUCGUCUCAGGCUCGGUAUUACAGCGGAUACACACCACCCAGAGGAAGAGGACGGGCCUUCAGGGGCCGAGGGCGAUCAACAUUGUGGUAUUCCCCUUACUCAUAACUCCCCACUGUCAUUUCCCCUUUUUACUGUCAUCCCUCCUUUCCCUAUAAAAAAAAAGAAAAAAGAAAAUAACCCCUCAACAAAAGAAGAAAAAAAAGACAAAAAAUACACAAAGAUGGAGAAAAUAGAAAAGAAAAGAGCAUCUUCCAGACAGAGUGACUUGACUGACAGUCUCCUAGUUCCAGUGACCGUUCCAAGAAGUUGGACAUCAGCUCGGGCACUUACCUGCAGUACAAUGCGCUCCGAGCAAACCGUCCAAUUCUUCCCAAACCAGUACAACUGGCAGUUCUGGAAAGUUCUCCGUCACCUGCCGUGGGUCAGCCAACAGCUCGUGAAACACUUAGAGGGAAAUGUGCCGUGUGUAACAUAGAACUGGAGUCCAGAGCCACUGCAUGAGACCACGUUUUCUCUCCUCGGCAUCUUGCAACACUGAGAACCACUAACUUUGGUCAGUCGGCGAUGCAAAUUAGCGACGGAUCAGCUGGCAUUGUGAGCCAGGCUUCUUCGAGCUCACCAGCUAGCAGCACUAGCUAAGAAAUGAACUUCAGCUGCUUAAUUAAGUGGACCCACUCGGCUCUUAUACUUUUAAUCGGCAAUGAAAAGGUGCUCGUUUUUAAAGCUGACGCUCUUUUAAUUCUGCACCAUUACAGUGGGCCUGAAUGAAGUCUCCACUUUUGGAUGUCGGCGAGAUUUGAUCCUAAACAGAACUUUAUUCCAAUGACUCGUUGCCACAUCAUUUCACUAAUAAUAAUCAAAUGAAUUGGUUAUACUGGACAUGUAAAUGCUUAUGUUGUAACGGUCUUGUUUUAUGUCUUUCACUGCUUCGUUUCUGUUUUACAUGUUUCUUUUGUGCUUGUUUAUUAUCCUUUCUUGCUAAUUUGAAACACUGGCUGUUUGGGGGGGGGGGGGGG